AUGUUAGACAUUUGCAUUUGUGCAUUCUUGAUGUGGAGUUUGAUUGUUGAUGCUUGUUCAUUUUUGCCAAAGUUGCUAAGAGUGAAUUGUGGGCAUUUGAGUGUUUUAGAGCGGUUUUGGCUAAAGGAAGCGAGAGAAUCGUCAAGAAAGCAAAGAAACGAAACCUUCGAGAAGCCAGAAGCUUGUCUCGAUCGAGACAGGCACAAGAGGAAGUAUUUUGGGAUUUAUACCCACUUUAAUGCAAGUUCUCAUGAUUCAAUCUUCAUUAUCCUGUUUAUGUUGGUAUUCUACUUUCUAAUCAAGGUACUCUUACCGCAGACGGGGAUAAUUCUCGGUCCAUCAUUGUUUGGAAGAUUGCAUUUUAUGAGAAACAUUAUAUUUCCUCAUGAGAGUCAAGAUUUAGUAUUUAUAUUAGCAUAUUUUGGGUAUACAAUCUUUAUGUUCAUGUCUUAUGCAAAGUUGGAGGUAGGAAAACUACUCAGAACAAGCAAAUUGGUGAUAUACAACGGUUUGGGGAUUGUCAUAGUACCUAUAUUUCUUGGUAUGAGUGUCAUAGGAAUUCAUAGAGAAAAACUAAAAGAAGAUGGCCUGAUAGGGGAAGCUAUAAAUGUAACCAUCAUGCAAUGUUUCUCUACAUUUUCAAUCAUAGCAAAUAUUCUUGAAGAGCUCGAGAUUUUAAAUUCAGAGAUCGGCAGAUUAGUACUAUCUUCAGCAUUAGUCGGCGACAUUUUGGGUAUAGCCCUUUUGAGUAUAGUUACACCUCUUAUGGCAAGACUUCCAAUAGAAAAUAUUCUCAUCGACGCUUUUGCAGUUGUUGCCUUUAGUAUGGUGGCUGCCUUCAUAUUCCGCCCUACAAUGUUGUGGAUAAUUAGAAAAACUCCUCAAGGUUCACCUGUUGAUUCCGCCUACAUUUUAGUUAUCAUGGCAGUAAUGUUUCUAUCUACAGCUUAUUUCCAUUCUUUCCACCAGUAUGGGAGCAUAGCGUCGGCUAUCCUCGGGUUUGCUGUCCCUGCCGGUCCGCCAUUAGGAUCCGCUUUAGUAGAAAAAUUCGAAACUGUGACGUUGAAACUCUUAGUGCCUAUUGGUGUGGUUCAAGCAGUAAUGAGAGCUGAUUUAGCCCUAAUUUUUACUAAUUUUUCAGCAAUCAGAUUCUACGUGAUUUUGGCUUUAUUGAUAUUCGGAUGCAAAAUUGCUCUCUCUCUCACAGCUGCUAUAUAUGCAAAGAUACCAUUGACUGAUUCAUUUUUAUAUGCCGCAGUUAUGAAUUGCAGAGGCAUAGUUGACAUACGCAUGAAUUUGAAUGCUAGAGAUAUUGGGACGGUGGGAGCUGAUGCUUAUGCGUUCUUAACAUUUGGCGUCUUCGUUAGCUCCGCUUUUUCUUCAACAAUUGUGAAAUGUUACUAUGAUCCAUCAAAAAAAUAUGCAGGCUACCAGGCAAGGAACAUUAUGAGUUUAAAGCCUCAAUCACACCUCCCAAUUCUUGCCUGUAUUCACAAAUCUGAUCAUGUAACUUCUGUGAUAAGUCUGCUUGAAGCUUUUCAUCCAGCCAAAGAUAGACCAAUUGAUGUUUGUGUCAUUCACCUCAUUAAAUUAAUCGGUCGAGCCACACCUACACUCACUUCCCAUCAAAAGCAGAGACUCAUAACUGUUCCGCAAUCCCAAAAUGUAGUCAUUUCAUUUACCCAAUAUCAAAUUAAUAAGUAUGAUAGUGUACGUGUAUCUGCUUUCACAGCAAUGAAUAAACCUAAGAUGAUGAAUGAAGAUAUUUCGACGCUAGCACUCGACAAGCUCACGUCUCUUAUAUUACUUCCGCUUCAUCGGCAAUGGUCUAUCCAUGGGCGAAUAGCAUCUGAGGAUGCCGAUAUAAGGAUUGUAAAUUGUAAAGUUCUUGAAAAAGCUCCUUGUUCUGUAGGUAUAUUUUUCGACCGUGGAAAACUUGGACACCCAUUUUCAACGGCGGCAACAACAAAGCCAUCUCUUUCUAUAUGUAUGAUUUUCAUAGGAGGUGGAGAUGAUCGGGAGGCGUUGUCUUUAUCUAAACGUAUAGUUAAGGAUUCGAGUACGCGUCUAACUGUCAUUCAUCUUGUAACAGAGAGUUUAGACGUGGAGUCGAAGGAUAAUGAUGAUAUAAUGAUCGACUCUUGGGCAUUGAAGGAUUUGAUUGAGAACCAAACUGAUCCUUUAUCAAAUAUUGAAUAUAGAGAAAAAAUAGUGAAAGAUGGGCCGGAAACUGCGCUUAUACUUCAUUCCAUAGUAGAUGAGUACGAUCUUUUUAUACUGGGAAGACGCCAUGAUGAAAAAACACCUCAAAUACUAGGUUUAUCUGAAUGGACCGAGAUUCCAGAAUUGGGAAUCAUUGGAGAUUUGCUAGCUUCCAAAGAUUUUAAUACUAGAGUUGCUGUUUUAGUAGUGCAACAACAAAAACAAAUUAGAUUGGGUAGCUAG